GGCGGCGGCGGCUGCUCUGUUGCGACAGGAGGGAAAGCGCGGCGGAGGGAGAGAGAGCGAGAGAGAGCGAGAGCGAGAGGCGCCGGCGGAGCCCAGGAAGCAGGAGCAGCCCGGGCCGGAGGGAGGGAGGGAGCCAGCGAGGCCGGGCCUCCCCCCGCGAUGCCGUCGGACCUGGCCAAGAAGAAGGCGGCCAAGAAGAAGGAGGCGGCCAAGGCCCGCCAGAGGCCCCGGAGAGGCCCCGAGGAGAACGGCGAGGACGCCGGCGGGGAGCCCGAGGCCGCCCGGGGGGGGCGCCAGGCCAACGGGGCCGACGCCGAGCCAGGUGGGCCGCCCGGGGGGGGGGGAGGGGGCUCAGCGGCGCCUCUCAGGCAAGGCGCCAGUCCUCAGCGAGGAGCCGCGGGGAGCUUGCUGCCCUCUUCCGCCUUGGCCCCGUCGCCAGUCCUUUCUCUGCCCGGAAGAGCCUCUCCUUCCUCCCGCCGGACCGGCUCCCCCCUUAUCUCACAUGUGGGGCUGGCAUGUGGGGCAGGGCUCCCCCAUCGGGAUGAUUCAGCGCCUUCUCUCAAGCAAGGCGCCAGUCCUCAGUGAGGAGCCGCCCUCUCCCGCCUUUCCCCGGGCCGAGCCGGGUGAGGAUCCCGGAAGGGCCGCUCCUCCCUCUCCCCCCUUCUCUGGCACGUGGGCCGGCCUCUGGGGCACGAGGCUGCCCUUAAGGGGGGGUCCCCCACCGGGAUGAUUCAUCACCUUCUCUAAAGCCUUCUCAGUCAGGAGCCACGGGGGUUGUUGCCCUCUUUGGGCUUGUACCUCUCCGAGUCCUUUUCCUGGGUGGGGUGACCCCCCCUUUGUGGAGAAGUCACACACCCUGUAAGCCAGCCUUUCUCAACCUGUGGGCCCCCAGAUGUUGUUGAACUACAACUCCCUUCACCCCUAGCUAGCAAGGCCAGAGCUCAGGGAUGAUGGGAGUUGUAGUCCAACAACAUCUGGGGACCCACAGGUGGAGAACCGCUGCGUGUCAUUCCAGGAGGCAGCUUUCCUUAUCUCUCUCCUUGUGAAAGGAAGGGGCUUGGCGGGGGGGGGACCCCAGUUCUCUCUUCCCUCCCCUCCCCCAAGCCAACACCACCCCCCUGAGAGGACCCUUGGUUCUGAUGGGAGCUGUGGUUCCCCCUCCAGAUGUGGACACCAUCUCCAAGGCCAUUGAGGAGUUUGAGCUGAAGAAGGCGGCCGCCCGCGCCGUGACGGGGGUCCUCGCCUCGCACCCCAACAGCACCGACGUCCACAUCAUCAACCUCUCCCUCACCUUCCACGGACAGGAGCUGCUCAGCGACACCAAACUGGAGCUCAACUCAGGGCGGCGCUACGGCCUCAUUGGCCUGAAUGGCACUGGUGAGGCCAAGGGCGGGGCGGCAGGGCAUGGCGGAAGGAGCAGGAAGGGGCAUGGCUAACACGGGGGUAGGGUAGGCAAGAGGGUCCGUUGUGAUAGCUUCAGCACUGGGGGUUGGACUAGAUGGCCCUUGGGGGUCCCUUCCAGCUCUGCAAGGGGGCCAGAGCACAAAUCUCCCCAGGUCCUGAGGCCCAGGUGGAUGGGUGCCGGGGUGGAGGGGUGGGAGAUGGUGGAGCUUACUGUGAAGCCUGGCAUUGCAGGGGCCAGACUCAGCCUUCCAGCCCUUGCCAAGGUGGCACCGAUGCCAGUGGAGCUCUGGGAGGUUUUUGGGGCCCCCACUGGUCCAUUUGCCCUUCUGCCAAGGAGGUGCCUUGGAAAAACCAAGGCAGUGACAGCCUGCCAAAGGGGAAACUGGCACCUCUCCUUCAGAGGCUGUUGGGGUGCAGUGGGAGCUCAGUUGUUGGGCACUGCCUGGCCUCUUCUUGGCAGAAGAUCAGCCUCCUUGGCCAGCGUCCGAGGAGCAGCUCAAUGGCCCUGGGUCCGUCUCCUGGGGACUAUUUUCAUCGCCUGCGGUGUGGAGUCUGUUGGGCAGCAGCUCCCGUCAGCCCCAUGUCCAACCAGGCGAGAGUAUUUCUGCGGGAUACUGACAUCUCUCUUGGGUGCCACCUCAGACUGAUUGCGCCAUCAGGGCCAGAGAGACAACAUCAGCCCUGAUCAUCCACUCGCCGUUUCUGUUUCUGUUUCUCAUCUGAUUCCUGUAUUGCGGGGGGGGGGUCGAUUUAGAUGAGCCUUGGGGUUCCUUUCCAACUUUACAGUUCUGUGGUUCUUUGGUACUGCUUUUGCGUGUGAUAGUUUUCAUAUGUGAGGUCAGUCAGGCAUUUAUGUGGGCCAAUACCAAAAACUUCCUUCCCCCAACUUUUAAAAAGUUGCUUUUAAAAAAUACUAUACCUGCAUUGUUGCGUUCCAAGACUAUUAUACAUAUAGGUGUUGAGUCUUGUACACAGUCGUCCGCAUGACAUUUAAAUAAACUAGGGAAGCUUCCUUCCUGAAUAUUCAUGCCGUGGCGUCAUGUGUCCUGGGGCUGCCUUUCUUUCUACCCCCGGCUGGGGGUGGCGCUAUGUGGCAGCCCUUUCCCCAUCAGGGCCCUCUCCUGCGGGGGCCGCAAACUCCAGGUAUAGAGGGGAACCUGAAGGAGACCUCCCAGUUCUGAACACUGCAGGACCACAGAGGCGGGUUUUACGGGAAUCUCGGGGGCCGGAGGGCCAGUUCCCCAGGCAUCUAGGAGUGACCUUCCUUGUGGCUCCCUUGGGAGACGGCUGCAUUGCUAGAGAAGACCGGAGGGGUCUUGGAAUCCUGGAAGAGACCCUGAGGGUCGCCCAACCCCCUAUAAGGCAGGUAUCGCAGGAAAAGCACUUCUAGGUCAUUUCUCUAAGGGAGUCUAUUUUAAAGUUUUUAUGUGUAAACUUAAAAUCCAUUGUUGUAUAUUGUUUUAAAUGUUUGUUUUGCUAUUGGGAUUGUAGUUCCAUUUGCGUUUCUCAAGCUGGUCUCUGACCGUAAUAAAUUUCAUGUUCAUGUUCACCCCUGACACUCCGACUCCCGAUUGAAAAACUCCAGGGAAACAGAUCCCCCCCUUCCACUUCUGAAGGAGUCUGUCCCACCAUCGAGGGGCUCUCACCCUUGGGAAUGUCUCCCUGGGGUUCACUGGGGCCCUCUGCUUGCCUCCCUUGCCCAGGGAAGUCCAUGCUGCUGUCGGCCAUCGGGAAGCGGGAGGUGCCCAUCCCCGAGCACAUCGACAUCUACCACUUGACCCGCGAGAUGCCCCCCAGCGAGAAGACGCCCCUGCAGUGCGUGAUGGAGGUGGACACGGAAAGAGCCAUGCUGGAGCGGGAAGCAGAGCGGCUGGCGCACGAGGACGGUAACGGCUCUUAAAUUGGUCCAGCGCCCUAAAACCGCAGGCCUCCCAGUGGAGGAAAUCGGGGGGGGGGAGCGGACACACAUCUCCCACUGCAGCAGCAGCAGUGCAGGGGCCCAGAGCCAGGUGGGCUCACCUGCUUUCUCUCCCCCCCCCCCCAGCUGAGUGUGAGAAACUGAUGGAGCUGUACGAGCGCUUGGAGGAGCUGGACGCUGACAAGGCGGAGAUGCGGGCGUCGCGGAUCCUGCACGGCCUGGGCUUCACCCCCCUCAUGCAGAGGAAGAAGCUGAAGGACUUCAGCGGCGGCUGGCGGAUGCGGGUGGCCCUCGCCAGGUGGGUGCUGGGCGGACAGGAUGGGCUCCUCUGCGGCUGGGCAGGCUCCCUCACACCAGCCUCCCCUCUCUCUCCCCCCUCGCAGGGCACUCUUCAUCCGGCCCUUCAUGCUGCUGCUGGACGAGCCCACCAACCACCUGGACCUGGACGCCUGCGUGUGGCUGGAGGAGGAGCUGAAGACGUGAGUGCGCGCGGGGAGGCCCCUCGCACCCCACCCCCUGCCCCAUUGAGCUCGGCCUUCCCUUCCAACUCCCCUUUCCGAGGACCCUUCUGGGUCAGGCCAAGGGGGGCCCACCUACUCCAGCAUCCUGUUCCAAAUGCUUGUAGGAAAUGAGGGAUCGAGAUAGACUGCCUCUGGACCUGGAGGUUCCAUAAGAAGAGCCUGGCUGCUGGAUUAGGCCAGUGGCCCACCAGAAGCCCCCAGAGCAACUCUCUAUUAGAAGCGUUGCUGCUUCCAGGUGUGCAGGCAGGGCAGAGCCGUCCUGGCUAGCAGACUUCCAUAGCCUUCUCCUGCUCCAUGAAUUUGUCUAAUCUUCUUUUCAAGCCAUCCAGGUUGGUGGCCGCCUGCAGGAGGGAGUUCCACAGUUUAACAAAGCCCAGUUGGUUUUAUCUGUCCUGGAUAUUCCAAGGUUCAGCUCCAUGGAAUGUCCGUUGGUUGAAGAGUUAUGAGAGAGGGAAUAUUAAUAGUAAUAGUAGUAAUACUACUACUACUACUACUACUACUACUAUUACUGCUAAUAAUAUUUUUAUUAUCUAUACCCCACCCAUCCGACUGGGUUUCCCCAGCUACUCUGGGCAGCUUACGGCAUAUCUAAAAACAACAAGCAUUAAAAGCCUCCUGAUACAGGAGGGCUACCUUCAGAUGCCUUCUAAAAGUCAGUUGUUUAUUUCCUUGACAUCUGGUGGGAGGGCCUUCCACAGGGCGGGUGCCACCACCGAGAAGGCCCUCUGCCCGGUUCCCUGUAACUUGGCUUCUCGCAACGAGUGAACCACCAGAAGGCCCUCGGAGCUGGACCUCAGUGUCUGGGCUGAACGAUGGGGACGGAGACGCUCCUUCAGGUCUGCUGGGCCAUGGCCGCUUAGGGCUUUCAAGGUCAGCACCAAAACUUUGAAUUGUGCUUGGAAGUGUAUUUUCAAGACCAGUGUUAGGUUGUCUCGGUGGCUACUCCAGUCACCAGUCUGGCUGCCGCAUUCUGGAUUAGUUGUAGUUUCCAGGUCACCUUCAAAGGUAGCCCCAUGUAGAGUGCAUUGCAAGUAGUCCAAGUGGGAGAUAACUAGAGCAUGCACCACUCUGGCGAGACAGUCUGUGGGCAGGUAGGGUCUCAUUCUGCGUACCAGAUGGAGCUGGUAGACAGCUGUCCUGGACACAGAAUGGACCUGCGCCUCCAUGGACAGCUGUGAGUCCAACAUGACUCCAAGGCUGCGCACGUCUUUUCUCACACUUCUGGCUCUGCUUCUCCAGGUUCAAGCGCAUCCUGGUGCUCAUCUCCCAUUCUCAGGACUUCCUGAACGGCGUCUGCACCAACAUCAUCCACAUGCACAACCGCAAGCUCAAGUAUUACACGGUGAGCAGGAAUCGGGGCCAGGCGCUGGGCGGUGAGGCUUGCUGCCGCCUCCUGAAAGAGACUGGCCCUGCUUCCAAAAUGAAGGGUGGUGGGUCCUCUUUUGUGUGCCUGCCCCCUGGCUGUGGUGGCUGGGCCUGGAGGGCUGCAGGAUGAGCCCCCUCCCCGGGCCAGAGCCCCAGGCCAAUGGGGAUAUCGCUCUCUCCUCCUCCAGGGUAACUACGACCAGUAUGUGAAGACCCGCCUGGAGCUGGAGGAGAACCAAAUGAAGCGCUUCCACUGGGAGCAGGAUCAGAUUGCCCACAUGAAGGUAGCCAUCCCAAAGGGACUCCUGAAGGCCAUCGUCCACGCUGGCUCUGCACUGCCCUCUGCAGUGGGAGACCGUUGCUGGGCAUCAUGGGAGAGGGGAGAGUUUAUUUACUUUUAUUUAUUUACUGAAUUCGAAUGCUGCUCUUCAGCUGAACAUCCCAGGGCGAUUCACAACAGAAAAAUACAAAAUGAGAGUAUAAUAUACAGUAUGAAGCAAGCAUAUUUUAAAAGCCAUAGAAUGUUAAUUGCUCUUGUGCUCCCCUUCCCCCCCCCCAAAAAAAAAUCUGGGGUGCUGUUGCUGGUUGGUGCUGAGCUAUAUGGAGCCAGGGGUGUUGUUGGCCAGGGGUGGGGGACAGGAUCUGGCCAACCCCACCAUGAUGGGCAUCUUGACAGGUGGGUCCCUCUGACUCUAGAAUUCUUGGUGGCCCGGCUUAAAAGGAGACCUCGUCUGAGUCUUCUGUCCAAAUUUAUUCCCCUCCUUUCCCUGCUCCCUGUGCCCUCGCCUCUGUGCCCACCGCUGACCUCUGAAUCGUUGCAGAACUACAUCGCCCGCUUUGGUCACGGCAGCGCCAAGCUGGCCCGCCAGGCGCAGAGCAAAGAGAAGACCCUCCAGAAGAUGAUGGCCUCAGGGCUGACCGAACGGGUGAUCAACGACAAGGUGAGGUGGGGAGAUGGUCAGCCUGUGCCCCCACAAGUGGGGGCUGAAGGGGCUGAGCCGGGGGGCAGGGGCAACUCAGCAGGCUUUCCUGGGGCUCUUGUACAGGGAUGGGGGGGGUGGCUAGAAGACCAGGACUUCGGUUCCUGUAAUCAGUGCAGCGGGUUGGAUGACCCUUGGGUCCCUUCCAACUCUCCACUUCUGUGGUUCUCUGACCAGCUACCCAGGACCCCCCUGGGCGGGUCUGUUUCCUUCCCAGGCGCUAGCUGGCAUUGGAGGGGAGAAGGUGGCAGCGGCUCCUGGCCUGGGGUGCUGCAGGGAGGAGAAACCAAGGGUUGCUGACCUGGACCCCCCCCCUUGUUUCCCUCUUCUUCCCCAGACGCUCUCCUUCUACUUCCCCUCGUGUGGGAAGAUCCCACCUCCUGUCAUCAUGGUGCAGAACGUCAGCUUCAGAUACAGCCAGGAUGGGGUGAGUGGAGGGGCCAGGGGCUGUCAAUAUCGGAAUUUCAUUUCACUCUUAAUUUGUAUGCCGCCUAUCUGUACUGUGACACACAAGGCGGCUCACAAGCUGAAGAAGCAGCAAAAUGUACGAAUGAGAGAGAAGGCCAGGAAGAGGCCGCAGGAUCGAGGCUUAUAAAAUUAUUCCUGGCAUGGAGGAAAGGGGGUAGGGAAAAGCUUUCCUCUCUCUCUCCUAACACGGAGAUGUCCAAUGAAGCCGAACGUGGGAAGAUGGAAGGGAAAUGUAAGGAAGUCUUGCCUGUGGCAGAGGGUUCAACUGUGGAACUCCUUCCCGCAGGAGCCAAACUAUGUGACUUCAAAAGGGGAUUAGGCAAAGUAGAAGAAUUGGUGGCUCCUAGCCAGGAUGGCUCUGCUUGGCCUCCGCAGUCGGAGGCAGUAAGUGCUUCUGAAUCCCAGUUGCUGGAAACCAGAGGACAGGAGAGCUGUUCUUGCACUCGGAUCCUCCUUCUGGGUUUCCCAAAGAGUUAUCUGGUUGGCCACUGUGGGAAGAGGACUAGAUGGGCCACAGGCCUGCUCCACCAGCCUCUUAUUGUUGUGAUGCUGCUAAGGAAUCGGGGGUAAUUGGCAAGCCCCCAGCUGGCUCCAGCUCACUGGCCGAUGUGCCGGUCGAACUCUAGUCCUUGGUGCAGCAUGAAACAGUGAUCCACAGCUUCAGAAGCCUUCAUAAGCUGGAGCACGCUCUAAUCAGCCAGAGUAAGCACUACACCACAGAAGCGGCAGGAGACGGCUGGAAAGAGCAUAUUAACAGGCAGUGUAAUCAGCGUACAUCAGGACAAAAGGAAAAACAUGUCUUCUCCCUUUCGUGUCCAAGCAAGCAGCAUAAGCAAAAGCUAUACACGCAAACGGAAGUUCCCAGCAAGCUGUGCUGGAGUGUAAACAGACAUGUGACAUGCAACAAUUCCACACGUCUGUUAAGGUGGAACGGAAUAUCGUAACACUUACGUUAUCAAGUAUGUAUCAAGUAACAGUCCAAUCCAGGGCAAAAAAACACACACAAAAAUCUGACUUUGAAAUAAGCAGCUAAUACCAAGUAAAGUGUUAUUUAGUAAUACAUUACAAUAUAAUAGUGCACAAUAAGAUUAAUUCUCAGAAUAUGAGCAAACAGUAAUUAAACUAAAAUCCACACUCAAUGAAUCAUUACUACUCUAUAAUCGUUCAGAAAAAAUAAUAAUAACAGCAAGCCGCAGUAUAUUUAAAAUAUCAUGCAAGAUGAUUGAACUGAGCAGACAAGUCAUAUAACUUUAAAACGUUAGAAAUAAAGCUAGGGAACUUAUUUCUCCGUCUCACUCUCUGUCUGUCCCCUUCAGCCCUGGAUCUACAACAAUCUGGAGUUUGGCAUCGACCUGGACACUCGCGUGGCCCUUGUGGGGCCCAACGGGGCUGGGAAAAGCACGCUGCUCAAGCUCCUCACAGGGGAGGUGAGGACCUGGCGCCCGUGGCUUGCUUUGGGGGGGGGGUUGGGGUAUAGAAAUGGCCUUUUCCUCUCUGCUGGAGUCUCUGACCGGCUUGCCCUUUCCCUCCAGCUGCUGCCCAGCGACGGCAUGAUCCGCAAACACUCUCACGUCAAGAUCGGCAGAUACCACCAGGUGCUGUUUAUUUGGGGGGUUUCUGGCUCCUUCCCAGGGCCCUGCUAGUUCCCUGUGGGUGCAGAGAGCCAGUGAGGCCUAGUGGCUACAGCGUUGCCCUAGGGCCUGAGUUCGAAUCUCCACCCGGCGUGAAGGCUUUUGCUGGGUGUGACCUUGGGGUCCAGUCCUUGCCUCUCGGCCUAGCCUACCUCAGAGGGAUGUUGUGGGGGGCAAAAUGGGGAGGGGGAGAAGAGCCAGGCAUGAGCCACCUUGAAGCUCCUUGGAGAAGAAGUUGUGCUAUAAACGCAGUCAAUGCGUAAUUCAGGGUGGCAGCAGCUCAAGCCAAGCAGAAGGGGGGGGGACAGAGGGAGAGCAGUGUGCCCCCCCUCCCCUCACGUACUCCCUCUCCCCACCCCUCGGCCUCCUCAGCACUUGCAAGAGCAGCUGGACCUGGACCUCUCCCCGCUGGAGUACAUGAUGAAGUGCUACCCAGAGAUCAAGGAGAAGGAGGAGAUGAGGAAGAUCAUUGGGCGCUAUGGGCUGACGGGGAAGCAGCAGGUGGGUCUGGCCUGGGGGAAGAAGGAAGGAGCCCCAGGCCUGUGGUGUUUGCUGUGGGGCGGGGGGGGGGGGAGCAGAGUCUGAGGGGCAGCCCCUGGCAGGACACAGAAGACCAGGGGGCAGCCCUGGGGAAUCCGGGGCAGGCAGGGUGAGACCAUAGAACAGCAGGGUGCAAACGCAGGAAUCUCGGCUCAAGCGUCCCUGACAGAUGGCCACCCAACCUCUGCUUAAAAGCCUCCUAGGAAACAGCUACUACUGUCAAGAUGUUCUUCCUAAUGUUGAGAACCUGAAACUGCGCCAGAGUCCUGGGUCCAGUUCUGAGCCUUUCAAGCGAAGGUGCCUUUAGGGGCUGGCAUUUAGGGGGUUUCUGUGUGCACAGUGGGUCAUUCCCCCCAUGAGCUGGGGACCCUCCUUCUGCUUAGACCAACGCAGGAAGGGGGAGCCUUGCUCCUGAGCUCAGACCUCGCUUGCGGGUUUCCCCUUCGAGCCCCUGGGUGGCUCCUAUGAGAACAGACUCCUGGGCUGGACGGGCCCCUUUGGCUCUUUCUCUUCUGACACGGUCGUGCCCGGCAGGUGAGCCCCAUCCGGAACCUGUCGGAUGGGCAGAAGUGCCGCGUCUGCUUUGCUUGGCUGGCCUGGCAGAACCCCCACAUGCUGUUCCUGGAUGAGCCCACCAACCACCUGGACAUCGAGACCAUCGACGCUCUGGCAGACGCCAUCAACGACUUCGAGGGAGGCAUGAUGCUGGUCAGCCACGACUUCCGGCUCAUCCAGCAGGUCAGUGGAGGGGGCAGCCCCAGACCCAGCACUGGGGACCUCUGCUUCACCUGCGCCAAAGGCUGCCUCUUGCCACGCUGGGGGGUGGGGGUGGGAAGAGCCCUCCCCUUCCUGCAAGGAGGAUGACGCAAUCCACGAGUUCUGGUGCUGGGUGGGGAAGGAGUUUAUGGGGUCCGUUACCCCCUCCAGAUGUUGCUGGACUCUCCCAUCAAUCUGACUGAUGGGGGCAGGAAGUUCAGCAACAUCUGGAGCCAGAGGGCCUUCUCAGUAGCGGUGCCCGCCCUGUGGAAUGCCCUCCCAUCAGAUGUCAAGGAAAUAAACAACUACAGUCAUACCUGGGGAUAAAUGUGCUUGAAGUUAAGUAUUUUUGGGUUGCGCUCCACGGCAAACCGGAAGUAACGGAGCGCAUUACUUCUGGGUUUUGCCGUGCAUGCAUGCGCAGACGGUCAAAAUGAUGUCAUGUGCGGAAGCGGCAAAACGUAACCCGCCCAUGUUAAGACGCGGGUUGUGUUCGCUUCAGGAUGCGAACAGGGCUCUGGAACAGAUCCCAUUCGCAUCCCGGGUACCACUGUAUCUGACUUUUAGAAGACAUCUGAAGGCAGCCCGGUUUAGUGAAGUUUUUAAUGUCUGAUGUUUUAUUGUGUUUUUAAUAUCCUGUUGGGAGCCGCCCAGAGUGGCUGAGGCAACCCAGCCAGAUGGGCGCGGUACUAUUAUUAUUGUUGUUGUUGUUGUUGUUGUUGUUGUUAACAACAACAACUAUUAUUACUAUUCCCCAAAUAACAAUCACACGCCCAUCAUUUGGUGAAGAAGUAAAAGGAGUAUUUACUUACGUAACUUAGGUCUUGAAGUAGCAAUGACAGUAGCAAGAUGAAGGCAGUUUUAUAACUGCUAUCUAAGCUAUAAAAGUACAAAAAGCAAGUUCCAAAUGGUGUCUGAGUGUGUGCUUGGAGGCCCAGGCAGAAAGGCAGGAUGCAGUGUUACCGCUUCCUGCCAAGGCAGGCAAAGGAAGUGAUCUCGCAGAGUUCACUCUAGCGAAUUUUUCAGGAAAGCUCAGCCCCUUCACGUGCCCCUCUGGCAAAACACACAUUGUUGCUUUGGACUCGGAUGAGGUCCCGCACUUUCCCUGACGCAAGAGGCCGCCUGCUCUUCCUUCCAGGUGGCCCAAGAGAUCUGGGUCUGCGAGAAGCGGACGAUCGCCAAGUGGCCGGGCGACAUCCUCUCCUACAAGGAGCACCUCAAGUCCAAGCUGGUGGGCGAGGAGCCGCCUCCGCAGAUGGCAAAGAAGACUCACAGCGCCUGAGGGCCCUCUGCCGGCCCGGUGGGUCAGCUGAGCUGCUUUCCCCCAGAGACUGGUGCCAGCCUCCAGCCCACCUGCUGCUCCUCCGCCUUGCCAGGGGGAAGGAACAGGCAGCAACAAAUCUUCUCUUCAGUUCCUGAGCUCCUGCCGCUGCUGCUGCUGCUUCUUCCUCUUGCACAACCACCACCUGUCCACUCUCCUUCCCUCUGCUCCCCCCAGCUGGACAACCCCUUCUCAUCCUCCUCUUCUUCCUCCUCCUCCUCCUCCUGCCUGCAGAGGGAACUUCUCCAGCCCUCUGCACCAAGUGGGAGGUGGGGGUCUGGGCUGACACCGCAGGGCUGACUCUCUGCUUUCAUUUCCAGACUUCACUCCUUGGGCCUCCGUUUGUUUUUAGCAAUUAUUAUUUAUCAAUGUAAUUACCAGACCUGUUGGAGAACUUAUCAGCCAGUAAUAAAGAGGAAAAAGUGUUUCAAUA